UGGAAAAGCGAAGAGGACCCUGUGAAGAAGACUCAAGUAGUGGAUGCCCGGGCUAGAAAUAUCAGUCAUAAUGUUAGGUGCACUGAGUGUGGGAGUCAGUCCAUUGAGGAUUCACAAGCUGAUAUCGCCAUUCUUCUUAGAAAGUUAAUUCGUGACGAGAUUCAUGCUGGGAAGAGUGACAAGGAGAUCUACAAGAAGCUUGAGGAGGAUUUUGGGGAGACGGUACUUUAUGCCCCAAAAUUUGAUCUGCAGACUGCAGGCUUAUGGCUAUCACCGCUUGUGGUUGCCGGUGCUGCUGCAGGUAUUUGGGCUUAUAAGAAGCACAGACAAAGGACUAAUGUCCACGUCAUGGCUUUGAACCUUAUUAGAGGUGUUCCACUGACCCCAAAUGAGAAGCAAACCAUGUUAGACCUGCUCACACCACCACCUUCACGAGGAAAUAUACCUUUAUCUUGGUGGAGGAGGUGGAGAGAACAAUGAUGACCCGUCUUCCAUAGACUUUCUUUCUUGUUUGUCCUUUGAAUUAUGGGUGAGCAAUAGUCCACCAAAAUGUAAAUCAACUUCUGUUGUGGUUUAUAUUGGUUGAGUUAAUUGUCGCUCAAUUUUGUACUAUAGUGAGAUGGCUUGUUUAGGUGACUUCAUUAUAUAAAAGUCGUGUUCAUGUUUUGGUUGGAACUUGCUAAUUGCCAGCCUUAAAUUUUGUUGUCCAACUUGUCUGAAUUGAAUUUCCUCCCAAUAGAUGCCUUUUAUCAACUUGUCUCAGAAUUGUAAUCAACUAUAUACUGAUUGCACUAUAGAAGGACUCGAUUGUGAGGGUAGAU